AUGCACAAGAAAACUGAAGAGCGCAGGACUCAAACUCAUUCUGUGCUCCAUACCAAAGAAUCCAGUGCUAAGUGUACAGCUUGUCGAACUGCCAUCCAUCCGCUUUCGACCUGUACUAAAUUUAAACGAGCGUUACGGAAAGACAAGUGGCGCAUCGUUAAAGUGAAUAAACUAUGUCACAACUGCCUGCUACCCGGUCACAGUAAAGAAGCCUGUUCUGCUUCGACGUGCGAUGUGGACGAGUGCGGCAUGGCCCAUCAUCGCUUACUUCAUUGGCCUGCCAAGUAA